CGACGGUUCGGGACUAUCGAAGAUCUCAGUGCCGCUCACAACGCCAUGUUUCAGCAAGCGAAAGAAGGUGGAAGCUUCACGUCGACGGUUUACGGCCACAUCCGCGACCAAAAGUACGACGAAGCGGUGCGCAUCCUGCAGAUCGAGCUACAGAACCACCCGUGCAGUCGCGCGGCGCUGUCGCUUCUCGGAUAUUGCUUUUACCACAUGCAGAGCUUCCACAACGCCGUGUCGAUGUACGAGCAAUUGUGCAAGCUGUUUCCGGACGUCGAAGACUACCACCUUUAUUACGCCCAAGCACUGUACAAGGCAGGGCAAUACGAUGCCGCGUCUCGCAAGGCGAGUCAGCUCGAGAGCGAGCAGUACAGUCACCGCGUCGCGCUGCUUCGAGCUGCCGUGUACUACGAGCAAAACGACAUCAAGGCAACACAGUCGAUCCUGGACCAGUGUUUGCGGGAUGACCCGACCACGAUCGUGUUUGAAGGAGCCAUCGACUUCAAGGAAGGGCGGUUCGACGAUGCCAAAAAGAAAUUUGGCGACGCCAUGAACGUUCUCGGGUACCAGUCAGACCUGUGCUACAACAUUGCGCUCUGUUACUUUCGGCUCAAGCAAUACGGCAAUGCGAUGCGGCAAAUCGCGGAAAUCAUCGAAAAAGGCGUGCGCGACCAUCCCGAACUGAGCGUUGGGAGCAAGAGCGAGAGCAAUUCGGAUGUCAAGAGCGUCCGCAACUCGACAGUUUUGCGCGAAACAGCCCUCGUCGAGGCGUUCAACUUGAAGGCUGCGAUCGAGUAUGACAUGAAGAACUUCAAAGGCGCGCGCGACGCACUCUUGGACAUGCCCCCUCGCGCCGAAGAAGAGCUCGACUCGGUGUCGCUGCACAAUUUUGGUUUGAUGAACAUGGAAGUGGACCCGAACAGUGGGUUCAAAAAGAUGAACUUUUUGCUCCAGAACCCGCCAUUUCCCGUGGAAACCUUUUCGAAUCUCUUGAUCUUGUACAUGAAGCACGGGUUUCACGACCUCAUGGCGGACGUGCUCGCCGAAAACACCCACUUGACAUUCCAGCUCCUGUCCAAGGACUUUUUCGAGUUUGUCGAUGCCAGCGUCACGUUGCAAACGUCGCCGGAGGAAGCGUACCGCAAGUAUGACGACCUCGCGACCAAGCACGUGGACAUCCUGCGCAAGCUCACGCAGAAGAUUCAGGCAGCUCGGAUUGCCCAGUCCAACGAGGAGAUCAAGAGCUCGCUCAAGGCAUACGACGACGCCCUGGAGGACUUUAUGCCGGUGCUCAUGGCCCAGGCCAACAUUUACUGGGACCGCGGCAACUACGCCCAAGUCGAAAAGAUAUUUCGGCAAACGGCCGAGUUUUGCUCCGAGCACGAGAGCUGGAAGCUGAACGUGGCGCAUGUGUUUUUUCUGCAAGGGAACAAGUACGAGCAAGCGAUUCAGUACUACGAGCCAUUCGUCAAGAAGCACCAGGAAAACUUGCUCGAAGUCCAAGCGAUCAUCCUGGCGAAUCUGUGCGUGUGCUACGUCAUGAACACUGACAACGAAAAGGCGGAAGAGCUGCUCCGGUCGAUUGAGCGAGAAGAAGAGGAAGAAGCGAGCCGGGACCCAGACAAGCGCCUCUUCCACUUGUGCAUCGUGAACCUGGUCAUUGGGACGCUGUAUUGCUCCAAGAACAACUACGAUUUUGGCAUUUGCCGCGUUAUGAAGAGCAUGGAGCCGUACCACCGCAAGCUAGGCACGGACACGUGGUAUUACGCCAAGCGGUGCUUCCUCGGACUCGCGUUGACGUUGGCGAAGCACAUGACGACGAUCCGGGACUCGACCAUGGCGGACAUCCUCGACUUUCUCGAUGCCGCGGACACCCAUGGCAAGGAUAUUCCGACAACAACUGGGAUGGAAGGAGCGUCUGGCAACAACGAGCUGCCUCAACACACUGUCAGCUACGAGGCGCGAGUGAUCAAGCGCAUGUUCCUGAAGCUGCGCGGGUAAAGAUGGCUGCCCCCUGUCGUGGUGCUUUGCAACUUGUAACGUUCAAGGUGUAAAUAAUGCACGCACAAAUUUGUGUCGAUUUAUUCAGCCAGAA